ACUGCACUGCACUCCAGCCUGGGUGACAGAGCAAGACUCCGCCUCAAAAAUAAAUAAAUAAAAUAAAGGGGGUUUCUUAAGAAAUAUGUGGUCACCUCAGAGCUCCUGCAUAUAUUUUGGGAGUGGGAGUGGAGUGAAGAAUUUCACCAACAGUUCAGGGCCUUUCUGGCUUCUGGCCAAUCUUGGGAGAGAAGGGGUUUCUUUGUGGACUUGACCCCCUCAUCUGAUAGAUUCAUUGUGUUCACCCACAGCUUCUUGGGCUGUGCUGAUUAUCUCCGUCUACAGCUUAAAAACGAGGAAUCAGGGAAUGCGAGUUAGGGAAAGACUGCUAUCUCUGGUGUGACGUGGUUUCCAGGCAGAAUGCUGGAAAGGUCAGUGUGCCUCCUUUACCACGUAGUUCUCUGGAUUGCAGAAUGGUACAAACUGUUACUUACAUCUACUUAGGAGUACAGCAGUGAAAAAGAUGAUGCCUGCCUUUUAGAGGCUAUUAAAUGACCAAUGAUGGAGUGAUAAGGGCCCAGCUACUCUAGGAGGCAACUGUUUUUUCCUCUAUUAAUAGGGAAACCAAGCUACAGUUAAGAGACUUGCCCACGUUCAGACUUUGUAACACUUUUUCAAGCCAGUGGCUCCUCCCAAAUGGCCAAGGUGUCCCCACCCAUUCUCCUGACCUGCCCAGCCUUGUGGUUGCUGUCCAGGGAGCUAAGGCUCUCACCAAACAAACUUGAAGAUCUGGCAGACCUAACAGACCUGGCCUUUCCUCUCGGCCUCUGGCUUUCUGUCUCUUUCAUCCUCCUCUGCCUUUCCCCUGCCCUUGAUCCCUUCUGCAGGUCUUGACUUGUUUCAGGAAACAGGUCCCAUCCCAUGGACUCCCAUUCUGGGGAGCCAGCGCUCCUGCCCUGUGGGACCUGUGACAUGGUUUUCCGCUCCUCAGCUCUGUUAGCCACCCACACACAGCGCUUCUGCAUUGGCCACCCGACCCAAGAGAAGACAUUGGGAGCACAGGCCUCAGUUGCCACUGAACCCCAAGGGGCCGCGGUAAGGGCCUCCAUGGCCAUGGGUGGGGAUUCAAAGGAGCAGGACCUUUAUAAUUCCUCAUCCUCCUACACCCUGUCCCCAGGUUGUGCCACAAGAUCUCCAGGGCCUCCCAGACCAGCAGGCCAGUAAAUCUGCUCUAAAGAGGUUAACAGAGGAGGUACAGCUGCCUACCUUUCCCCAGGGCACAAAACGUUGAGCGUCUUUCCCAAACCUGUAGAUCAUACUUGGGACAGAUUCUGCCCACACAGAGAUCGCGGAUCGCUGUUACCUCCAGGUGCAGUGGCUGCGGCUAUCCCUACAGGAAAUGCGGCCCUGGAUAACAGAGGUCCCCAGGGUGCUCGCGGGGUCCUGGACACGUUCCGAGGCGCGCCCUCAGAGUCCCAUGUCCGAGGCGGUGGGAAGCCCCAGCGAGCGGCUGCGAGCGCUGUUCAGGACUCGCGCGAGGCGCGUGGCGGAGACGGAAGCGCAGAGCUGGGCCCUGCAGCGACGCGGCCAGGGUGAAGGAGAUGGGGGGCGGGGACCAAGGACCUCCUCUGCCCUUACCCUUCGGCUUAAGCUUGCUCGCGCCAGUUCUGACUCGGCCCGCAUUCCCUCAGAACUGAGCCGGCGCCUCCAAGGUGUGGCCUGUACGCGGGGCGGGAUGUCCCGCCUCUUCGGCCUGGAGCAGGAGAUUCGAGAACUACGAACUGAGGCCGGUAGGACGCGGGGAGCUCUAGAGGUGUUGGAAGCCCGCAUUCAGGAGCUGCAGGCGGAGCCAGGGAACCCGCUGAGCUCCGGGCGAGAGGCAAAACUCUAUUCUCCAGUGCUAAAGGCCAACCCGGGAACUCUGGCUGCCAAAAUCGGGGCCCUGCAGGAGGCCUACAUUCGAGACGGAGGCCGGGACCCCGGUGUGCUGGGCCAGAUAUGGCAGUUGCAGGUGGAGGCGUCUGCACUGGAGCUGCAGCGGUCGCAGACCCGCAGAGGAAGGGCAGGUGCCACCUCAGGGGAGCUUCCAGUAGUGGAGGCUGAAAACCGGCGCCUGGAGGCAGAAAUCUUGGCCUUGCAAAUGCAGCGGAGUCAGGCAGCCUUGGGGCCCCGGGAUCUGCCACUCCUGUGGGGUGCCAGCCUACAACCGAAGGGGAGGAGAGAUCCCCCACUCCUCUCACCGCCAGUGGCACCACCACUGCCACCACUGCCACCACUUCCAGGCUUCAUGGAGCCACAGCUUCCUGGAACAAUGACCAGAAACCUGGGCCUGGACCCACACUUCCUCCUACCCACAUCGGACGUGCUGGGCCCUGCACCCUACGAUCCUGGGGCUGGCCUGGUCAUUUUCUAUGAUUUCCUGCGGGGCCUUGAGGCUUCCUGGAUUUGGGUGCAACUAAGGACUGGCUUGGCACGCGAUGGACAGGAUACAGGAGGGACCACAGCAUUGCCCCCAGCCAUUUGCCUGCCCCCACCUCCUGCUCCCGGGCCCAUGGGCAACUGUGCUAUCCUUGCCAGCAGGCAGCCUGUGCCCAGACUGCCACCCUCACCAUCAGUAUCUUUGGUCUGUGAGCUGCAGGUCUGGCAGGGCCUGGCAUGGGCUAGGGCACCACAGCCAAAGGCUUGGGUCUCACUUGGGCUAUUUGACCAAGAUCAGCGGGUGCUAAGCGGCCGCUGGCGCCUCCCACUUCGGGCCCUUCCUCUGGACCCCAGCCUUAGCCUCAGGCAGCUGAAUGGGAUUCCUCAGGUGAGUGUGGUGGGUGGGGAUUGGGCAUACAGCAAGGUACAAGUGCAAUACCAUUUCAUCUCUCCUCAGGCAGGUCAGGCUGAGCUCUUUCUGCGGCUGGUGAAUGCAAGAGAUGCGGCUGUCCAGACACUGGCAGAGAUCAAUCCAGCAAGUGCCCAUGAGUACCAGUACCCACCUCCGGUGUCGAGCACAUCUUCAUCAGAAGCCAACUUCCUCACCCCCACAGCUGGCUUUGCUGAUCCCCCACCUCGUACAGAAGAGCCCCUCAGUGGAGUCAAGGAUAGAUGAGGGUUUGGCCCCUCACCACAGUUCUGACUUGCCCCCAGUGAGUUUCUAAACCCAAGUGAAUGUGGGGAUGAGCAUCUGAACAUGCACAGGACUGGGGCCUAUUUCCAGACCUACAGCUUUUACUACUCCAUGUUCUGACAUUGGGUCUAGAAGCAACUAGCAGUUGAGUACAGAAUACGCUCCAACCACAAUUUUACCACCUCCCAUAAGUCCUUUUCUGUACCUCUUCUGUUUUUGUAAAACAGGCUAAGGAUUAAAUGAGUUUGUCAGGUAUUUAUGAUAUUGUCUGGCACUUACAAAGUUCUCCAAAAGGUGACUAGGGGGCAUUCUUUAAUUCCAACUAAAGGAACUUUAAAUUCCCAUUAGUUUCCACUGGUUUUUUUAGUAAAGCCAGUUUUAUUGCCAAACUUAAAUCUGUUUCCUCAGUAUUUCUGCCAGGAAACCUUUCAGGUUGUCAAGGUACCAAUAAACAGGAAGCUCCCGA